GCACGCAUGUGCACACACACGUGCGUGGCCGCCCUGGCUUUGUCCCUGGAUUUUAACCCUUGCAGCGCCACGACGGGGCUCAGGGGCGAGGCGGAGGGGGCAACCAGGAACCCCAGCACUGCCAACAAGCCCUGCUCAUGGCGGGCAGCAGAGCAAGAGCACAGGCCCAGACUGGGGUGAUGCAGAGAAGGCGGGUGCUGAGCUGGAGCCGGCACCAGCCUUAGUUCUCUCCCCGGUGCUAAUGCAACCUCUGGUGAAGAUGGAGGAGCAGGACCCGGCAGGCCGUGAGCCCAGGGCAGGAGCUGAGCGGGCAGGGAAAGCCCCUUGCGUUGCCCACGCUGGUACAGGCAGAGCAUCCCCAAGAUGGCCAGCGCCACAACGGGUCAAGCACGAGCCACCGGACAAGCCAGUUCAGUGUUGGCAGGUCCCGGAGGCCUUCGAGGACGUGGCGGUGCACUUCACCCGGGAGGAGUGGGCGCUGCUGGACGAUGGAGACAAGGAGCUGUACCGGGACCAGAUGCUGAGGAAUUACCAAGCCCUUGUUUCCCUGGGAUAUCACGGUCCGACACCAGACUUAAUCUGCCGCAUCCAGCUCGCGGAGGUGGAGCUCUGGGUCGGUGACGACGAGGAAUCGAAAGCGAGGUCGUUGUCCGAGGACUCGUCCCCAGCAGAUGCUGAGACACUGAGCAAAGCUGAGCAGCAGCCUCCUGAGGAAGGGCCUGCCAACCUCAAGCUUUUUCAGGCCAGAAGCAGGCUCCCCGCUCAGCAGAGACGGAGAACAGUGAAGACCCAACGACGCAGGGAAGGAUCUGAAGGGCAGAGAGACCUGGAGAGGCAGACGGGCAUGGUUCUCGAGGAGGAAGGGCUGCACGUAUGUGGAAAGCCUGGCGAGAGCUUUGGGGACAAACGGGAACUUGGGGCUCGCAGGGGAGCCCACUGGAUGGAGAAGGCCCACGCCGAUGCUGAGUGUGGGGACAGCCUCGACCAUACCGACCUUCUCCCUGAGCACCGGGUAAUGCAUUCAGGGGAGCACCCUCACCUCUGCCCAGAUUGUGGGAAGUGCUUUGUCUCCCUGCGCGACCUCCAAGUGCACCGAGGCACGCACGCGGGGGAUCAGAUGUACGGCUGCACCGAGUGCAAGAAGAGCUUCACCGGGUGGGAUCACCUCCAUAGCCACACGUGUGUGCCGCCGGGGGAGAAGCCGUUCUCCUCCAGCCAGCGCGGGAAGAGCUUCACUGACAGCUCCAUGCUCACCGGUCACCUCCGCGUGCACACAGGGGAGAAACCAUUUUCUUGCACCCAGUGUGGGAAAAGCUUCACGCAGAAAUCCUAUCUUGCCAAUCACCUGCGCGUGCACAGGGGCAAGAAGCCAUUCUGCUGCAGCCAGUGCGGGAAGAGCUUCACAAAGAGCUCCUAUCUCAUGUAUCACCUGCGUGUGCACACGGGGGAGAAACCCUUCUCCUGCAGCGAGUGUGGGAAGAGCUUCAGGCAGAGCUCCCAUCUCACCUGUCACCUGCGCGUGCACACAGGCGAGAAACCAUUCUCUUGCACCCAGUGUGAGAAGAGCUUCAACAGCAGCUCGACACUUGCACAGCACCGGCGCAGGCACACGGGUGAGAAGCCCUUUUCCUGCACCCACUGCGGGAAGGGCUUCGUCGAGAGAUCCAAACUCAUCAGUCACCUGCGCGUGCACACGGGAGAGAAACCCUUCUGCAGGCAGUGUGGGAAAGUCUUCACCGAAAGGUCAACACUCACUUGUCACCUGCGCGUGCACAUGGGGGAGAAACCCUUCUCCUGCAGCCAGUGCGGGAAGAGCUUCACCAGGAGGUCAGCACUCACCUAUCACCUUCGCAUGCACGCAGGGGAGAAACCUUUCUCCUGCAGCCAGUGCGGGAAGAGCUUCAGGCAGAGCUCCAAACUCACCAACCACCUGCGCGUGCACACGGAAAAGCCAUUCUCUUGCACCCAGUGUGGGAAGAACUUCAAUGACAGCUUGAUGCUCACGUGUCACCUGCGCGUGCACACCGGAGAGAAACCCUUUCCUUGCGCCCAGUGCGGGAAGAGCUUCACCAAGAGCUCGACGCUGACCCAGCACCAGCGCAUGCACGUGGGAGAGAAGCCCUUCUCCUGCAGCCAGUGCAGGAAGAGCUUCACCAAGAGGUCAACGCUCACACACCACUUGCGCCUGCACACCGGCGAGAAGCCAUUCUGCUGCACCCAGUGCGGGAAGAGCUUCACGCAGAAUUCAACACUCACCACGCACCUGCGCGUGCACACUGGUGAGAAGCCCUUCUCCUGCAGCCAGUGUGGGAGGACCUUCACCAAGAGCUCCACGCUCACACAGCAUAGGCGCGUGCACACAGGGGAGAAGCCCUUCUCCUGCAGCCAGUGCGGGAAGAGCUUCGCCCACAGCUCCUAUCUCACCUAUCACCUGCGCGUGCACACCGGUGAGAAGCCAUUCUCUUGCACCCAGUGUGAAAAGAACUUCACCAAGAGGUCGACGCUCACGCGUCACCUGCGCGUGCACACGGGUGAAUAGCCAGUCUGCUGCCCACGGUGGUUGAAGACCUGCCCAAGAGGUCAAAGCACUGCAGGCAAGGGAAAAGCUGGGGGUUUUGCCCACAGUGUGAGAAGAGCUUCAGUGAGUGACAUGUCCAUAUUCACCAAGGACAAGCAAAUACCCCCGGGGGAAACGCAGUUCUGCUGUACCUAGUGUGGGAAGAGCUGCACGCCCCGCUCCGGUCACAUCAGUCCCCUGCGCACGGAGAAGCAAUUCUCCUGAGCCCACUGUGGGAAGGGCUGUGUCCAGAGGUCAGUGCAUGCAUACGGAGAAGAAGCUGUUCUCCUGCAUGCAGCGGGACAAUAGCGUCGCCCACAGUUCAUCGCUCACCCAGCACUAGCACGUGCGCAUGGGGGCAAAAGCCAUUCUCCUGUACCCAGUGUGAGACGAGCUUCACCCAGAGAUCCUCAUUGUGGUGAUAGCUCGGGCAGAGAGACAACGGGUAAGAGCUAAGUCAUGGAGCUAGGUAGCAGAGAGGAUAAAAGCCAGGGGAACACAACCAAAGUUGCCCUGAAAAAAGAGGUCCUUUCCUGAAUCAUCCAGUCCCAGCUGUGGUAGCAAGGUGAUCCCUUCCUUUGCCUUCCUGGGGCGUUUGGGACGUCACCAUUGUCAUCUGUUUCUUAUCAUCUUUGAUUAUCUUUAGCUCUUCAUCAACCAGGCAGCUCCCCCGCUCACACAAAUGAACCAGUUUGCAUGAGAUGCUCAGCAGAGGGACUAUCCAUAUAUCGGCUUUCAACUGCUUGUCUUAGGGAACUCCCGAGCCUCCUGCCUGGUUCGCUGUUUAGCUUGUUACACGCCAGGACAGGCCUGGCUACCAAGACAGGUAUUUAGAGGGGAGGGGAGUGGAAGCAGGCCAGCCAGGUAUUAACUGUUUCUCGCCAUCCUAAGGUUCCCAUGACGGGAACACCACCACGGUGACCCUGCCCUGUCAUAGUCCUGCCCCAAACUGGACGUGCCUGCGGCGGGGCUCGUGUUCCCCGCACCCAGGCUUCCCCCAGUCUCCUCCACGUUGCUGCAAGCCAGCCCCUGCUGUAGGUGCUGCCCAGGAGGAGUCCCAUGACUCCCGGGUCCGUGCGACCGUGCCCUGUGUCGCAACGUCACCUGCUGUCUCUGUGAGCUCCAACUGGGUCUGUUCCCUCACAAGGCCACGAGCGCUACCCAGGGAACUGGAGCGAUACAGGCCACAUCCCUACAAGAGCUGUCGCGUGCUGGUCAGCUGGCAUAGUGUAGACGCAGCCCUGGAGUCGGGGCAGGCAGGCUUUGCAGAGUUCAGGUCAAUAGGGGACGCAGAUUCAGAGGCCAUGUCCCUUUGGGGUCCAGCCAGCCCCUGUCCUCUAGGUCCCACCUGUGUCUGUCCCUUUCCUAAGCCAGCUCCUGCUCCCGGUUGCUCUGGAUCCCCACCCUUGGUGCAUCGGUUCAUGCAGACACCCCCCGAUCUCUGGGGCUCAUGCUGUUUCUUACAGAGGGGGACAUCCCUAGCUGCGUUCCUGACACCCUUUUCUCUGCCCCAUCCUCUAACGCACCUUCCAGCCUCCCUUUGCCAGGUUAAAGAAGAUAACCCAUUCCUUUGCAGGGUAGAUUAGCCAGCACACACACACCGGGCCUCUCUGACCUUCGCUCCUGUGGCACAGGACAGGGGGCCCAGGGCAGGUGCUGCUCUUACCCCGAGGCUGAACACAGUAGAGGGGAGGCAGCGUCUGUCACCUGGCUUGGAUCAAAGCGGAGCCCAGAGUCUGCUACCUGGUUUGGAGUCGAUGCCUACAUUUCUUACCCUUUCUUUGCUUUCUCCUGACCGCAUCAAGUAGGUCCUGCUCGCCAGCCCGGCUCCAGGAAAGCUUUCGAUCCAGGCCAGGGCAUGGCCCUGUCUUCUCUCCCCGGGUACCUGCCCGCAGUCACGCAGGGAUGCAGCAACGGCAGGACUUUGCUGACCUGGUCCCACCUGCCCCUCGUGUUAAAGAAGCUUGUGGGGAAGAAGGGACCUGAGACCGAGGGGUCUCAAGGGAUAUCAGAAAUGGUUAGGUCAUCUGGGAUUUUAAGGUGAUGCUUUUGGGAAAGGGAGAGAACAAAUCAGCAGCACCAGCUAGAAAGCCCGAAGCAGAUUCCUGUUCGCGUGCGUCAGAAGUAACUAAAGCUGACUUACAACUCUAAAAUCUUAUAAUUUUGCACCGAACUAAUCUCUUGACGGCUUUUUAACAAACCUUGUGUCAUAAGGACACGGACUAGCAUUGUCCCCCUGGUUUGCCUGUGGUAGGUUAGCGUGUUUUUGGUGUCUUCGUACCAGGUCUUUGCAGUGGUAUGACAGGAUUGAUUGUGUAGCUUUAGGGUAAGGUUAGGCAGGGACUUGUCUGGGGUGGUGUAGAUAGAAAUAACUAUGUCUCAAGCAGACAGUAGGACUCGAUGAGCUGUGGAGGUCCCUUCCAGCCCUACUUCCCUCUUCCAUUGCCAUGAUCUGUUAACAUGUAUGGUGCAGUUUCAUGGGUAGGUUGUAACCGUGUUGGUCUAAGGACAUAGGCAGACAAGGUUCUUUGGGUAAAUCCGAUAUCUUUUAUUAGACCGACUCAACUAGUUGGAAAAGUUCCUCUUUUUUCCAAGAAGAUUUGUUCCAACUAUUUGAGUUGGUCUAAUAAAAAAUAAAAGCGAUCAGAUUUACUCAAAGGACCUUGUCUGCCUAUGGUGGGGUUGUACUUUUAUCUAUCUAGCAAAGGCUCUGUGUGUCCUGGGGUGUCUUCCCACUACACCUGUGGUUGGAGACAGCGCAGGGGAAUUUUCCUCUCAAUUAACCUGACUAUCGUUUGGAGAAAAUGUUGGGAAAAGGAUGAGAAAAGCCAUGCUGUGGUUGGGGUCACUAGGGCGCGCCCCGGCUAAUGUAGCUCACCAUGACUCUUGCACCAGUGCCUCCAUUGUCCUCUGCCCCCCCACCAACCAUCAGACCAUUGCAGCCAUCAUCAUCAUUGCCUAAACACCCCAAAGUAGGUUGCGGGGGGCAUUGGUAAGGGUCUGAGACGGGGGGCAAGGAGCUUAUGGAGGCCUUGCAAGGAUUAAGGCUUCCCUCUGACAGCAUCUGCCGCAUGUGCCUCUUUGAGACCUUCCAGGCUGCUUAUGUUUGGGGCCCUCUCGACUUUUGCAGCCCUCUUCAAUCCCUGGGGAAAGUGUCCUGUGUGGUUUUUGGCUCUUCCCUUGGGUCAAGUCAGACGUGUCGUGUGGAAAAAAUGAUCUCAGUCUGAUUUGCACACUCCAACGUGUGUGCAUCAGGAGGGGAAUCCCGGAGGGCUUCGGUCCUAAAGUGCAGGAGCCGGGAUACAGUAGGACAGGGGACGGCCAAGGGCACGUUAUCGAUAUACCGCUUGCUCUGUCCAAGAACACACGUGUGCAAACAUGCCUAAUCUUCCUGCUAUCAAUUGGGGUUUUUUUUAUUUGCUUAACUGCUUAUCAUUUGGAAAUUGGAUUUCCUGAGUUUCCCCAAAAAACCUUUUCUGUUUUAAAGCCUGAAUCGGACAACUUACAUAUAGAUAUUUAUUUCUUUGUUUGUUAAAACCCCCACCUCUCUAGUGAAUAAAAACAUCGCUGUUUCCAGCAAAAAAGCAACCCCACAAAAUAUUUAGUUGAAAACUAAAUGGAAUAAAAAUGUUCGUGAAAACGA